UGUGUGUACUCCAGUCUCAGUGUCUCACACAGUGAGACUCACUGGAGAGAUAUAGCUCUGGAGACAGUGGAGAGAGAGGAAAAGGCCUUCUUUCUCCUGUCUCCUCCCACCUUCUCGAUCGAUCUCUUUCUCGCUCUCAAGCUUAGAGAUAAUAAGCAGUGCUGCCUUGCUCUCCAGCUAGUUCGUCCUUCUUCUUUCCCUCCUCUAUCUUCUCACGGAUGGCAUUCCUUGUGGAGAGGUGCGGCAGUGGUGGUGGAGAGAUGGCGGUGUCCAUGGACGUGGAGACGAGCUCGCAGUCGCACGCCGCCAAGCCGGUGGUGCCGGCCCCCUUCCUGACCAAGACCUUCCAGCUGGUGGACGACCCCUGCACCGACCACGUCGUCUCGUGGGGGGAGGACGGCGCCACCUUCGUGGUGUGGCGGCCGCCGGAGUUCGCCAGGGACCUCCUCCCCAACUACUUCAAGCACAACAACUUCUCCAGCUUCGUCAGGCAGCUCAACACCUAUGGGUUCAGGAAGAUCGUGGCAGACAGGUGGGAGUUCGCCAACGAGUUCUUCAAGAAGGGCGCCAAGCACCUCCUCUCAGAGAUCCACCGGAGGAAGUCCUCGUCGUGCUCGCAGCCGCCGCCGCCGCUGCAGCCACUCCCUCCGCACCAGCCUUACCUCAGCCUCUUCUCGCCGCCGCAUCCGUCCCCGCCGGCGUACUACCGCGUCCAGGAGGAGGACCACGGCGGCGGCAAGGACUUCCUGGCGACGCUGUCGGAGGACAACCGGGAGCUGCGGCGGCGCAACUCGCUGCUGCUGUCGGAGCUGGCGCACAUGAGGCGGCUCUACAACGACAUCAUCUACUUCCUGCAGAACCACGUGGAGCCGGUGCCGCCGCCGCCGCCUUCGGCCACCGGCUGCAGGCUGGUGGAGCUCGGCUCUGCUGAUGAUGACGCGUCGCCACCGACAACGCGGAAGCCACGCGGUGACGACGACGACGAGGAGGCGCCGGUGAGGCUGUUUGGCGUGCGGCUGAACGACAGCAAGAAGAGGAAGGCGCAGGCGGCCGAGCUGCUGGAAGAAACCGGCGAUGGUGACCACUGUGAUGGGAUCGGCGAUGGCGAAUUGGCGACGGUGACCACAAUGGCCAUGGCGAUGACCAAGGAAGUGAGACGUAGGUGAUUGCGCGUAGCACGUAGAUUGUUUUUGUAGAUACAGAGGUAGCACGUACGAUUGCCAGUGGCUAGCUAGCAGCAGGUAGGCACGCAUCCAUUUCAUGCGAUCGAGUUGAUUCUUGAUUGGAACCUUGCUUAGAGAUAGAGGAAUCACACCAUUACCCUUUUUUACCUUCGCAUGGUCUCAUUCUGCAUGCAUGUAUGCAUGCGUGGCAUCAUUAAUCUUGCUUCUUUUUUCAAAGGAAUGGCUCGGGUAUUGGUGAAAA